UAAAAUUAAAAAAAAAACGUGUCAUAAAGUCAUGGCGUCAUCAAAAUAUAAAGUAUGGAAGCCAACCGACAAGGGUCGAUCAAAUAGUCCAUCUCCAUCACAUAAUAAAGAACACCACUUUAUUUCACAUAAAACUUCAACAUCAAAUUAUCCUGAAAAGACCAUCUUCCAUAAGGAUCUUAGUAGGGAUGACAAGAAAAAGGGAGAGUUGUCUUCAAAGAAUAAAAAGAACAAAAAGAAGAAGAAGAAAAAAUGGAGGUCUAGCAGUAGCAGCAGCAGUGGCAGCAGUGACAGUGACCAGGAGAGAGAAGAGCUGAAGUUGUUGCAGAGACUAGAAGCAGAACGACAAAGGUUGAAAGAAGAAAAACGAAAACAAAAAGAGUUGAUGAAGGCAAAAGAGACACCAGAAGAAAAGAGAGCUCGGCGUCUUAGAGAGAAACAGGAAAAGGAAAGAAAGCGGCGAGAGCGCAUGGGCUGGGACACAGAGUACCAAUGUUAUACAAACCAGGACAAUCCCUUCGGAGACUCGGCCCUAACACAUACCUUCGUGUGGACCAAGAAGCUCGCCAAAGAGGGUGUUAAAACCGUUUCGAGAGAUGAGCUCGAAGCAUUGAACAGACAGAAGCAGCUCGAAAAUAAAAUUGAGUUAGAAAAGGUGAAGCAGCGGCGGCUGGAGCGCGAGGCGGAGCGCGCGGAGCGCGAGGCGGAGGCGGCGGCGGCGGCGCGCGCGCGCGAGGCCGCGCAGUUCUCCAGCUGGGCGCGCCACGAAGACGCCUUCCAUCUGCAGCAGGCGCGGCUGCGCUCGCAGAUACGCAUCCGCGACGGCCGCGCUAAACCCAUCGACCUGCUGGCGUGGUAUGUCAGCUCGGAGGAGUGCGUCGACGCGCUGGAGAUGCACGAGCCCUAUACCUACUUGAACGGGCUGCAGCUGCAGGACCUCGAGGACUUGCUCGAAGAUAUAAAGGUGUACGAGGAGCUGGAGAGCGGCGGGCACCAGGCGUACUGGCAAGACGUGCGCACCAUCGUGCAGGACGAGCUGGGCAAGCUGCGCCGCCUGGCCGCGCCCGACGCGCGCCGCGACGGCGUACACCGCGCUGUGGCCGACGACGUCACGCAGAUAUUCAAGGGCAAGACGGGCGCGCAGCUGGCGGCGCUGCAGACGCAGAUCGAGCAGAAGAUCAGCGGCCGGCGCGACGGCGUCGACGUCGGCUACUGGGAGAGCUUGCUCAGCCAGCUCAAAGCGCACAUGGCGCGCGCCCGACUGCGCGACCGCCACCGCACCAACCUGCGCCGCAAGCUGCAGCUCCUCAAGCGCGAGCAGGGCGUGCAGCCCGCGCCCACCGCCGCGCCCUCCGCCGCGCCCUCCGCCGCGCCCACCGCCGCGCCCUCCGCCGCGCCCACCGCCGCGUCAGUCAACGCAACCAUCGCGUAUAUCAUUAAUCAUUAUCUUUUACAAAAAAAAAAGCUUUCAGUUGACUUAAAAUGUUAUGCAACAGGUCGAUGCCGCCGGAGCGGGAGGAGGAGGAGGAGGGGGAGGGGGACGGAGGCGGAUGCGGAGGAGCGGGAGGCGGAGUCGGGGCGGGCGGCGUGCGUGGCGCAGUACGAGGCGGGCGGGUACUCGCCGCCGCCGAUGUCGCCGCGCGCGCUGGAGCCCGCCACGCUGGUGACGGCGGCCGAGCUCGACCGGCAGCGCCUCGCCUACCUGCGCGCGCGCCUGCACCACGCCGCCAGGCCCGCGCCCGAUACACUGGUGCAGGGCGGCGGCGGGCACGCGGCGCUGGAGCGGCUGGCGGAGCGCGCCAUGGGCCCGGCGGCGGACGCGGCGCCCUUCGCGGCCGAGGCGGCGCUACCCGAGGCGCCCUGCCUGUGGGCAGACAAGUACCGCCCGCGCAAGCCCAGAUACUUCAACAGAGUGCACACGGGCUUCGAGUGGAACAAGUACAACCAGACGCACUACGACAUGGACAACCCGCCGCCCAAGAUCGUGCAGGGCUACAAGUUCAACAUCUUCUACCCCGACCUCAUCGACAAGAGCGCCACGCCCGAGUUCUCGCUGAAGCCGUGCGCGGACAACCCCGAGUUUGCGGUGCUGCGCUUCCACGCCGGCCCGCCCUACGAGGACAUCGCCUUCAAGAUCGUCAGCCGCGAGUGGGAGUACUCUUACAAGCGCGGCUUCCGCUGCCACUUCCACAACAACAUCUUUCAGCUCUGGUUCCAUUUCAAGCGGUACCGCUACCGUCGCUAAACCACACGAUGCUGUAGUGUCCCCACGCUCUCGUCGAGUAUUUAUCUUAAACUGUAUUUAGUGGCAUGGCUCUUUAGACGCAUCUGAAAGUACCUCAGCCAUCAACCGACAUUUAUUCGCCUACUCCGAGGAGGAAGGAGCGGUGCUCGUACGGCUGCAAGCCAUCCACCUGUUUCCCGCUGGAUGCUCGCUUCUGGCUGAAAGAGGGGCUUUCAGAUGCUUCUUAACCUUAUGUCUAAAAUAGUAUUUUGUAUACUUUCUAUGCCUAACCAAACAAGAUAACAGCACCUCUUUACUACUGGGUUUAUAUAAGUUUGUCAAUAUAAAUCACCAAAAAAAUAAAGAAUUUUUGGAUUA